UAAUACGCCUUAAUGUAGAUCUUGCAUUGAUUUGAAAAUGACAAUGAUUAUUAUUUUACUUAAAGUGUCGCAGGGGAGUCUGGUUUGACAAAGCCAUGUAUCUGCAAGGACUUCGAUGGACGAUACGCCAUCAAUUCCGUCUUCUCGAGGUACACAAGGAACGAGCCAUUUUUUAAGUGCGUCUAUGUCAGACAAUGGACUACUGGAACAUGACUUGCAUGGAUCUAUUGUUCAAGUAAAUGGUAGCCAUUCUGGUUCAUCUGGGCGCAGUACGCCUAAUAACACAAACGAUCCAGCCCCGGGAAAGUUGUUUGUUGGGGGACUAAGUUGGCAGACAUCUUGCGAAAAACUUAGAGAAUAUUUUGGAAUGUUUGGAAACGUGACUGAUGUACUGAUAAUGAAAGACCCAGUUACACAGCGGAGUCGAGGAUUUGGUUUUAUAACAUUUUCGGAACCGUCUAGUGUAGAUAAAGUAUUGAAAGUACCCAUUCAUACUUUAGACGGUAAAAAAAUCGAUCCUAAGCAUGCCACUCCUAAAAAUAGGCCCAAACAGCCAAAUAAAACAAAGAAGAUCUUUGUAGGCGGAGUAAGUCAGGAUACAUCCGCCGAAGAGGUUAAGGCGUAUUUUAGCCAAUUUGGUAAAGUAGAAGAGACAGUCAUGCUGAUGGAUCAACAAACCAAGCGUCAUAGAGGUUUUGGUUUUGUCACUUUCGAAAAUGAAGAUAUCGUCGAUCGUGUGUGUGAAAUUCAUUUUCAUACAAUUAAGAAUAAGAAAGUUGAGUGCAAGAAAGCUCAACCCAAAGAGGCGGUGCAAGCCAAUGCACAGCUAUUGGGGAAACGUUUGAUGUUAAGUAGUUUAGGUAUGCGCAUGGCAACUCCUGCGGCAGCCGGACCUAUUGCUGCCGCCAAUCAAUUGGCUGUGGUACAAGUUCAAGCGGCUCAGGCCGCCGUUGCAGCAGCGGCCGCUGCUCAGGCUCAAAAUGCCGCCGUAGCAGGAUAUGGAAAAUUAUUCGGGACAUAUCCUCCAUUAGCCAGUUACCGCUAUACCCCUUAUCCGAUUCCUGCUGUAGGUGCAGGAGUUGGAGCUGCCGCCGCGGGCGGUCCUACACCUGCACCAGCUUCCGCAACUGGAGCCCCUGCUUUGGCUCCGGCAGUAACUGCAAGUCCUUAUCAAGGCUAUAAUCUAACAAAUGUAGACAUGUCUAGUUUUCAAGGGGUCGAUUGGAGUUCCAUGUACGGUAUGGGAAUGUACGUUUGAGUACAUUGUCAUUGCUCACUUUCAGGUUUUUUACAUAUUUUAUUGUUCACAUUGUAAGCCUUCAUGAGGUUACUGGACUUCCAAAACUGUUUCCAGUUGUCAAUGCGGGCGCGUUGUGCCUAUUUCGACUGUGCAUUUUGAUAUUAUUAAUAGUGUAAACUAAUCUCUAAUGGGCAGAAUAGCUGUACAUUGUAGGUGAUACUGGUCUCUGCUCAUUUUGCAUUCAGCAAUAACUCGCAAUAAACAGUAUUACAACACUCAUUAAUCGCAAUAUUUCGAGUUUCCGAGUUGUAAAAACGCAUUUUUGUAAUAAACAAGUUUGAUGAAAUUGUACUUUGGCAAUAGUUAAAAUGACUAAAAUUUGUAUUUCAGUUGCGGUGAAAUAUUAUUGUACUUACCAAAUUUGUACUUAAUUUUGAUCACAAAAAUGUAUAUUAUUAAUAACCUUCCACUCGACUGUAGGUUGCUUAAGGCGUUAGACUUAAUUUAUUUAUACUCUUCAUAUAAGAUCUCAUUUCACGGUAGGCGGUAAGAAUCUCCUCUAUUUAUUGCAUUCAGCAAUGCCAUAGCUUGCCGUCUCUGGCCAUUAAUUUAUUAUUUGCAGCUCUAGUCAAGGCAAUCUCGGCCUGCAUUAUUACAUGCUAUAUACUUAGACCUACCAACAUUCCGUAGCAGCUAUCGAUGAAGUAUGUGUUUGCGGACCAAAGCGUUUCUUGCCUGGCCAAAAUGCCAUGAUACAACAAAGCUAAGAGCACUUUCAGAAAACAUUCGGCAGCUAUGUAAGACACUUUAUUUUAAAUUCCUUUGCAUGUGCUAAAAUUGCUCUUAGUUUUGACUAGUUAGUAUUACUUUUUACACUAUUUUUUAUUAUUUUUUUUUAUUAAAAUUGUAUGUAUAUAUAAACUGCCGCUUGUGAAUGAUCUAUUGUUAAACUUUGUGAUAGUCUCCAGGCAGCAGGUGUACGGAAUUUAUUUUGGAAUUCACACAUGCUAUCUAUUUUGUCUUAUUAUCCUGUAUUGUAUUUGUUGUGCCAAAAUAUUUCUCGCUCAAGGCUCACUACAGGCAUUUAGAACGAAAGCAUGUGAGUAAGCCAAAAUAACGAAAAACUAAUUUUUUGUGUAAAUGAUAUCCAGUUAACAGCAAUAAGCUUGAGACAGAAUGAACCCUCUAUUUUUGUAUUGGAUUAUAAACGUUAAAACAUAAUAAAAUUUAGUUUUCACUUGUUAAGUAAGCCCUUGACUAUGUGUGUAUGUAAAUAUACAACUGUAGUUUCUGGAGGGUUGGUCUGAUAUUGUGGUACUGCAGACCUAAUUAUACCUGCGUAGAUAUUUAUGUUUAGCUGUUUGUCGAUGUAUUAAAAGUUACUUGUAGAUCUAUAAGAACUGUAUUUGAUAGUACUAGAGUUAGUGUUUGUAGUAUGUAUCUGUGUGUAGUGUAGAUGCGACUUUAGUCGCAAUUUGCACUGUAGAGCCGUUACGAAUAAAGUAGUUCCAUAAAGUA